UGUCAGCUCAAGGAGGGAGAGUUAGGGGGGCAUGUUUUGAGGGGGUCAAAGCCUACGUCACAACUUUAGUUAGGACCCUGCGACAUGGACCAACGCACACAGACACACACACAGCACCUUGGUUGAGUGACAGAGGGACAAAGAGGUGAAGAAACAGUCUGAGAGUCAACAAAGAAAGGGAAAAAAGGUGACGAGCUCAAGGAAGCAGGUGAAAAAGGUGCAGUGUGUUGUGUCCAAAAGUCUGAAAAGGAGGAAAGAAAGAAGGAAAGAUUGAUUCGGGAUAAGAGAGAAGCUCUUAUUCUCGAGUGACAGGAAGUGACAUGGCCCCCAAGAAGAAGGCCCAGGCACGCCUGAAGAAAACCUCCUCGGACGUCCUCCCCCAGGUCCAGACGGAGCCCGUCUCGCCCACCCUGAAGGUGGAGCGUCGCGGCGACGGCGUGGUGGUGGUGGUGGAGAGCGCCGUCAAGAAGAUAGAGCAGAUGGCGGCGUUGGAUAUCGCUCAGCUCAACAGCCUCAAUUUGCCCUUGCCCCCGCCCGUUCUUAAACCUGGUGAACGUGGCCUGGGUCUGGGCAGCGAGCUGACGCGCCCGCUCCACGGGAACGCGAUGCUGGAGGAGCUCAGCAAGAUGCGUCAGGAGAAGUUCUUGACCGAUCUGGAACUGGGCUGCAAGACCAAAUCCUUUGACGUCCACAAGCUGGUCAUCUCGUCCAUCAGUCAAUACUUCAGGGAGAUCCUGGCCAAAGAUCCAGACAUGAAGCGUCUAGAGCUGCCCUCCCUUUCACCUCUCGGUCUGGCCAACGUGAUCACGUUUGCCUACCUGGGCCGCGUGCACAUGUCGCUGUACACCAUUGGCUGCACGGUUUCGGCAGCGUCCACGCUGCAGAUCCCGCAGCUGCUCAAAAUGUGCGCCGACUUCCUGCUGGCCGAGCUGAACGUGCACACCUGCGUAUAUGUGUGGAACAUCGCGGCCGCCUACGGCCUGACUUCCGUGUGCGACGCUGCCCGCCGCUUCGUGUUGGACAACUUCGUGCAGUUCGCCGACACGCCGCUGUUCACGCAGCUCACGCUGGAGCAGAUCUGCGCUUUCAUGCAGGACGACUCGCUGACGCUACCCUCAGAGCUUGUUGCCUUUCAGCUGGCCACAAAAUGGCUGGAUUUCGAGCCUUCCCGUAUGCCUCAUGCCGCCGUGCUGCUGUCUCACGUGCGCUUGGAGACCAUCCCGGCGGCCGAGCUGGUCAGUCGGGUCCAGACUGUACCCCGCAUGAUGCAGGACCCGCAGUGCCACCGCCUGCUGGUGGACGCCAUGAACUACCACCUGCUCCCCUACCAGCAGAACUCGCUGCAGUCCCGCCGCACUCAGGUGCGGGCCAGCCAGCACGCCCUGAUCGCCGUCGGCGGCCGGCCGUCCCUCACCGAACGCGCACUCAGCCGCGAAGUGCUGUGGCGGGAACCCCGAGAAGGAGGCGCGGCCUGGCGUCACCUGACACAGCUGCCGGCCAAGAGUUUCAACCAGUGCGUGGCGGUGAUGGACGGCUUUUUGUACGUGGCUGGCGGUGAGGACCAGAACGACGCUCGCAACCAGGCCAAGCACGCCGUCGGCACCCUCAGCAGGUACGACCCUCGCUUCAACACGUGGCUCCACCUGGCUAGCAUGCGUCAGCGCCGCACGCACUUCUCACUGUCUGCCAGCGGGGGACGCCUGUUUGCCACGGGGGGCCGUAACUCGGAUGGCUUGCUGGCCACGGUGGAAAGCUAUCUGCCUUCCGCCAAUGCCUGGCAGAUGCGCGCCCCCAUGGAGGUGCCGCGCUGCUGCCACUCCAGCGCCACCCUGCCUUCGGGCGACAUCCUGGUGACCGGCGGCUACAUCAACUGCGCCUACUCGCGCUCUGUGGCCCAGUACAGCGUGGAGGGCGACACCUGGCGCGAGAAGCCCACCUUGGAGACGCCCCGCGGUUGGCACUGCUCCGCCACAUUGGGCGGGAAAGUGUACGUGGUGGGCGGCAGCCAGCUAGGGCCCAGUGGGGAGCGUGUGGACGUCCUGACCGUGGAGGUGUUCUCGCCAGAAGGUGACGGCACGUGGAGCCGUGCCGCGCCGCUCCCACUGGGGGUGAGCACGGCGGGUCUGUCCACCUUAGGGCCCGACAAGCUGUACCUGGUCGGAGGCUGGAACGAAGCAGAAAAGCGCUAUAAGGCCGCCGUGCAGACCUACAGCCCGGCUACAGACAGCUGGGCCCGGGCGGAGGACCUGCCCGAACCCACGGUGGGGGUCUCGUGCUGCACGGUGGCCCUGCCGCCUCGACACGCGCCGCGCCGUCAACAGCACCGCAACACGCCGGCCCACGACGAGACGCCUCAGCAGCAGCAGCGGGCCGGGAAAACCCAGGAGAACAGCGUGCAGCCACUGCCGCAAAACGUCACGGCGUAAGGCCAAGGUCUGCGGAGGACAUCUGGGCUAGCAUCUCUGCUCGACAUGAUAUUCAUCGGAAUAAUACAUUCUAUAUCUCCAAUUGGGAAUAAUAAUAGCCAGAAGGUUGGAGUAAAAGCUAAUAGAAAUAAAAAUAGGUCAAAUUAGCCACUGAAUUGGGAAUAAAAAUAGCCAGAAGGUUGGAGUAAAAGCUAAUAGAAAUAAAAAUAGGUCAAAUUAGCCACUGAGAACAAGAGUGGACUAACUCCAUUUUUCUCAUUUUAUCAUUCUCAGAGCCUACACUUUUUCUUUUAAGUGGAGCUGAAUCUUAAGGGCCCUUUCACACUAGCGUCAACCCAGUGAAGAGUGGUACAAGGCAAGCGCAAAACGAGAGGAGCCAAGUAGCCUGAUGUAGACGCUAUCAGGAAGUGAAAAGCGUCAACUAUAUUUACUAUAAUCUCAAUCCAUAAGAAAACAGCGACUUUUCCUAUUACAAGCAGUAGGGAGCACCAUAAUAGCCAUGGAAAGAGUUUUAGUUUCGGUGAGAAGGCGAAUACUGUUGUGUUUUUUGUUGUUCGUGAACUACAUUUCCACACAAACACACUUUGAGGUACCAUUUAGCUUAACAAGGAUGUCAUUUUUCGAAUGUCCUAGAGUUCAUGAAACUUUACAAAAGCACAUUUAUGAAGGUUUCGUCGGCCGUGAUUUGCACGCAUCCUUCCGCCGAAACAGCCUGAUAGCACAGAUAUAAGUACGCAUGACCCUCUGCUUUUGAUGCGUUGUCGACGUCAGCGCGGAGACGCUGUGAAAAUAGAACAAGUCUCUAUUUUGGGCCGUGCCCUCGGUGAAAAUAUGCUCAAGACUUUCCGCUACGUCCAAAACGACCGCCACCGCUCACUUUCGCGGAGAAGUCCCCUUCCACAUACACAAUGAAUGAGUUGCAAAUGAACCCUUCACACAAGGCUGCAGCUAAUUUAAAACGGCCUUCAGAUUUAAGAGCGUGGCCAUCCUGACAACUGGUGUUAGCCAAGUGUUGCGCUGAAUGACUCAUCUACUGGACUUAAACCUUGAUUUUGACUAGUACUCAUCUGAAAGACAUACUAAUUUUCGACACUUCAUAUAAAAAUGACAUGACAAAGAUGGAGUUAGCCCAUUGUAGUUGUCAGUCAUUUUGAGCUUUGUAAAUAAUCCAAAUUUGAAAAAAAUAUGAACAUUACAAGAAUGUAUCAAAAUUGGCAACGGAUGUUAUAUUCAAGAAACAUUGAGUGUAACUUAAGGAUCAAAAACUAUUAUAAUAAAAUAUACAGUUUUGGUGAUGAAUAUAAUACGUAGCACAUGCAGCAUCCAGCAUGUUCUUAGAGAAAUGAAAACGCUAAAUAUUUUGGGAGAGGCGUAAAAAAACUCCCGAGAGCGAGUUAGCAGAAAGCUGAAGUGAGGACGACGAAACGGGAGGUGAGUUGAAGUUGAGAGCGUUUCCAUCAGACUCGGGAGUCCAUCGGCCGAUGCAGUCAAGAUCACUUUGUUGUGUUGGAGGCGUUAAGAACAUAGAUGUAAACAUGCACUAGAUUGUAUGUUAUUGAUGCCAUCGUGGAGGAUCAAAUUUGAAAGGGAAAGGUUCAUGUAUUAUUUAAGAGUCAAAAGAUGGGAACAAUUAAGUCAAGCCUUGAAACAAAAAGUUAACAAUGCAGUGAACCAGUGAGACGCCAAUGUGAAGAUUAAAACACAAAGGUAAUACAAUCCCCCCAUGAAGCCAAAGUUUUGUCAUCUUUGAGGGUUUCACUGAAUAAAAGCCUAAAGAAACAAAAAUGUGCUAUUUCC